GUGCCAGACGCCAGUCAAGUGUCUGGCGCGCUUCAGUACAGUCGCGCACAGACAGAAUAUUAACCAGUCCAUAAAUAAUAUAAACUUGUUUCCGUAUCGCGUGCUCUUGAAUUAUAAAUACUAUUCGUGUUUAUAAUCUUACUUAGCACAUGUCUUAUUUAAUUGUAAAUUAACUGCUUACUCAAAUAACAUAAUAAUACAAAAUAAACAGUUGGUAAAAGUAAGCGACAUAUUCAGUGUUUUUGCAAACGGCAUAUCCAGAGUUUUUGCAAACCGCGUGUUCUUGUGACGUCAACAAUUAAUUAAGGUGUUUAGUGUUUGUGUUUACGCAUCGGAACCAUAUUUAGAGGACGAUUCAGGUCAACUCGUCACUUGGCAUUGUCUUUUGACUGGUUUGUUUGUCAACAAUGGCCACCGCCAAAGAUACUGUUCCAGGACUGGAGCGGCUGAUCAGGCUGGACUCGGUGAACGUGAAUCAGAAGGGUUCUGGGUUCAAGGGCAACAAGUACAUCGUGCACUCGGGAGGCGAGCAGCUGUUCCACCUGAAGGAGGAUGGUCACGCCCUCACCUUCCUCGCGCACGGCAGCAGCAGGGGCUUCCACAUGGACGGCGUCGACAACUUGGGACAGCAUGUAUUCUCCCUGCGGCGGCCUGCCGUGUUUAUCAAGGACAAGGUGGAGGUCUACCUUAACAAGACCCUGGUCAGCAUCAUUCGCAAGGAGGCGACCUUUGUGACCCCUGUGUUCAGCAUUAAUGAUGGUCAGGACGCCCCCAUGCUGAGGAUCAAAGGAGACAUGUCGGAUUAUGACUUUCAGGUGCAGACAGCCAAAAAGGUGACCAUCGGUAAAAUUAAGAAGAAGUUUCGUGGUCUGCUGAAUGAGAUGUUUACAUACAAGGAUGAUUACGUCGUCACCUUCCCGACGGAUCUCGACGUGCGUUUCAAAAUAGCUGUCAUAUCUGCCUGCAUACUUAUCGAUUACAGAUACCACGAAAGUUAGUAAAGGAGCUGCUGUAUUUAGGCUUUUAGUAUUAGAUAAACUUGAUGAUAACUGCGUACUUUUUAAGUGUUGUCUUAUGAGCUAUGUAGAGGUCAAGAAAUAGGAUCAGAUGGCCUUGUGCAAUGUUCCAUUUCGUUAAAUGAAAUACCGCCAUCUACCAGUGUGAAUAUUAAGUAUCUAGCUUAAGUGUUUCGUUCCAUAGACGUUUGUGCCUUGAUUAAUGCGUGGCUGGAAAACUAGAUGUCGCACGAGUAGUUUUAAAUGUGAAAAUGAGCCUAUUUGUUUAAUAUUUUUUUAUGUAUUAGCAUUUUCUAUGAAAGUUCAACAGGUGAAUGUUUUGAUAUAAAAUGCCAUUAAAAUUUAAUUAAUGAA